UGCAACUAAAAAAAUUCUUCAUCUUCUCAAGACUCAAAUGCACUCACAGCAGUAUAACAAAAUCAUCAAUCAAUCAAUGGAGAUAUCAUGCUAAACAUAUUUUCUAGGGUUCCAUUUGAGUCUGUUUCUGAAUGCAGAUUGGUUUCCAAGACAUGGAAAUGCUUCAUUUCUCAUCUAAGGUUAAUUCCCCUUCUUCUGUUUCAGAUUCAAAGGUUAGUUUCAUUUCCCUUAUAUGUUCCAAAAUCAGAGAGUGCAACUUAUUCACCUAGAGUAUGAUGAAACUAAUGAUAAUGAACAGCAACUUAGAAUUUCAAAGAUGAAUCAUCCACUCAUCAGCAGAGUACAUUAUAGGUGUAUGAUAUUUGGUGAUGAUGCUCCAUUUUGGAAGAUAAAGUCUCUGAUAAUUGGCUCAUCAAAUGGUUUAAUUUGUUUAUCUAUACCUACAGAUGGUAAAUUUGGGGCUUUUAGUGAUCCUCUCUAUAUCUGUAAUCCUGUUACUAGAGAAUACAUACUGUUACCAAUUUGUAAUGAAAAAUGUCAACAAGGUCGAAAUGUAUUUGGAUUUGGUUACAACGAUAAGACGAAUGAGUAUAAGGUGGUUAGAAUCUAUUAUGAAUCAGAGGAACAUACCGAACCAGGACAAGUUCAGGUAUACACUCUUGGGGCUGGUACUGGCUGGAGAAACAAAGGAGAGAUUGCUUAUGCGUCGCAAACAAAUAAUUCUCAUUCACCGGGUAUGAACGCAGAUGGAGAGGUUUAUUGGUUGCACCAAGGGAUGCCGAGAACUGAGAGAGGGAAAUCCAACACUGGUAGAGUUGUGGCCUUCAGUUUGGCAAAUGAGAUGUUUCGAUUGCUCCCUACGCCGCCUUACUACACUACCCUGCCUUCUUGCCUGAAAAUGGCGGUUUUUGUUUAUUAUCAAAUCCAGGUUCUAGGAGGCUGCUUGUGUUUUAUUCAUAAAAAAGGAUAUGACACUAUCAAUGUAUGGUCAUUUAAGAAGAGAAAUGAUUGUUGUAGUUGUAGUUCAAAUGAAAAGGAAGAGGAUUCCUCCAAUUGGAGUUUGGCAGCCGCCGUGCAUUUGCAACGUGGCGAUCUUGUGGAAUUCUUUGACCUCACAAAGAACGGGGAGAUUUUAUAUUGGGAUGAUAAAAGAACUCCUUUAAGUUAUGACCCGAGAACCGCAAGUAUAAAAGAGCUUCUGAAUGAUGAUACUGCUGGUUUGGAUGUUUUUGAAACGAUUCGUCAUGAGAAUAGCUUUGUUUCAUUGAAAGCAUUAGGAGAAGAGAAUGUUGACAUGUUUGAUCGAAUCAACUGAUUGACUACUGGAGUAGUGGAAGCGUUGCAAUGGGCUUCGGUAUACAAAGACAGAGGCAAACACAUUUUGGAGCAAAAACAGUCAUCCAGCCGUAGAUUUGAUACUCGUAGGUAUUAUUUCUGUACAUGGUUUAAUAUGCAUCAUCAUGUGGGGCUAAUUUAUUGCAAAUUUAAUUGCUAUGACAAGAUCCAUUUUUAUGGCGCCCUGGUGGUCUCGUGGAGGUCUUUUAAGCAAGUUUUUGUUUCAUGGUUUAAUCUUACAUGUGGAAUGUGGAGGUUGUGUGUGAUCUUAUGUUUCUAUUGUCAAGUGAAUGGCUGAUUUUCUCACCGCAACAAGGCGAUAGUUACUGUCUUAGAUGUGAAUUCUUCGCCUCAAGCAAGAAAGUCUUUUUCUAACUUCAUUUUCGUCAGCUUUUCUCCUUUUUU